AUGCCGCCGCCAAAGGCAGCAGGGGGACCGCCACCUCCUACUUCCGGGCCUGCUGCGUCCUCCCCGAGUUCGCCCAGCUCUCCUGCAGGGGCGAAACCCGCUCCUCCAGCGGGGAAACCUGCUCCUCCAGCGGGGAAACCUGCUCCUCCAGCGGGGAAACCUGCUCCUCCAGCGGGGAAACCUGCUCCUGCAGGGGCGAAACCCGCUCCUGCAGGGGCGAAACCCGCUCCUCCAGCGGGGAAACCUGCUCCUCCAGCGGGAAAUCCCGCUCUUCUGGCGGGAAAACCCGCCCCCCUUCCAGGCGGAAAACCUGCGUUGUCUCUUGGCGCGAAGCCUACCCUAGGGGCGAAACCGGCGGGUGACAAGGCUCCGCCGGCAGGGGGACCUCCAAAGUUGGAGAAGGCGGGUCCGAGUCCAUUUGGGGCGAAACCGGGUUUGCCUGCGGGGAAGGACCCCCCCGCGCCGGGUCUCCCCAAGAAGCACCUCGCAGCCCCGAAGGGUGGUCCACCAUGGGUCAACACGCCUCCUCCUCCAGGGCUACCCGCGGGCGGGCCCCCGAAAGGCCCGCUAUCCAAGGGCCCUCCGUCACUUCCGAAAGCCGCUGAAUCCUCGCCGGCUGCCAAGGGUCCCGCCUCCCUCGCACCGUCACCGAAGGGGGUCGAAGUAAAGAAGCUCGCGGUCCCUGGACCGGCCGACGGGAAGGCGAAGACGAUUGGCCUAUCUGUUGAGAAGGCAGGCCCCACGCUGGGGGGGCCACCAAAGACUGGCGGAGAGAAGUCGUCUCCUGCCUUGGGUGCGACUCCCCCUUCUCUUCGCAAAACGCCCGGCGCAGAAGCAGGCGCAGACGCAACUAAGGCGGCUUCCAACAUGGAUGAGUACGGGGCGCCCCGCGGGACCUUCGGGCGGCUGACGCCUCACAGUUCGCUCGCAAGAGACAUCGCGGAUCCCAAAUUGCAGCGCAUCUUCACCGCCAGUGGAAAGUUUGUGGGGCGAGCAACAGGGCCUCCUCCACCACUCUCAGCGCAAGAGCGUAGCUCAGAAUCCGCUGAUCGCGGAAGAGGCCGCCUGCGCCUCCAGGAACACAGAGUUGCAGACCCGGUCCCGCGACCGGCGCGUAGCGGAAAGGCGGCAGGCUCGUCGCGUCGACUGCCCUCCCUUUUUUCUCCCACGCCGUUCGCGGGGAGCGCGGAUGGAAUGACAGGCUUCUUUGUCCCGGUCCCCACUUGGCCGCCAACGCAAGACCAAGCACAGGCUGCUUUCGGUUGCCCGCCCUUUUUCCCGCUCGCCGGCUUUCCUCCCUGUUGUCCCCCGUAUCCUUAUUACCCCGCGAGCCCGGGAGAUCCGAAUGCCGCGAUGGGGUGUUCGCCCUUCCCUCCGUACAGCUACAUGGGGGGGGGCGCCCUGCCCUGCGGGCCCCCAGGGGCCCUUGGAGCCCAGCCCGCCGCCGGGGGGGACUACUUCCCGCCGAACGGAACGCACGGCCAGGCGGCCUUAACGGGCGAGCGGACCGAGCGAAGACGAAACAGAAAUCCGCGAGGAGAGGAAGACGGGGCAGAGGAGGGACAAUGGGGGAAUCUCGAAGGGAGGGGCGCCGCAGGGGCCGCGAGACGCGGGCAGGCGGGUGUCGCCGACCGUGCGCCUUUUACUGAAGAUCAGCGGGCGGCCUCGAAGCCACAGGACUGCCGAGGCCGCUCCCAGUCCACCCGAGAGGCGACACGGCGAAGAAGGGCCACGAUGAUCCAGUUUCUUGAGGACGAGGGAUUCGAGCCCCCAGAGGACUGGCUGCGCGCAAAUGGCGAGAAGUGUGCCCGAGUCAACGACCCAGCUAGCGCAGGACAGAGGUGGGAUGAGGCUGCUUCAAUCGCCAGAGGGCCCCAGGCCCGAGCCUUCAACAAGGGGCCAGAGAAGCCGAUUGGACGGACGCCGUGGGGAGGGAUCGAGAAGCAGCUCAACCGCAUCCGCAGCCGGCCGUCCACGCACAUCUUUGACGAGGAGGACGAAGAUCUCCCCCGGCUCCCUUCGGAGGUGCGCAGUUUCGACCCCGUCGCCUUCGCCCGGCGAAAGAAAGAGAGGGAGGCCCUGGGGCAAGAUCCGACCUUCGGCGUGCAGGAGGGCAACGAAUACUACCAGUACUUCGACGCGCACUACAAGCCCGAUCGCGAGCCUUGGCUGCAAGAAGUUGUGCCGCGUUUAAACAUGGCUUUUCGUGACGCGUUCUCAGCGAGCCACGCGCCUGGGUUGUGCGUCCCUCGGCUCAUUUUUUUGCAGGUCGGGGCCUCCAAUGCCGCCCCCCGCGCUUACAACUCAGUCCCGCCAGGAGGGAAGUUCUCCUCCAAGGCGUCGAAGGGCUGGGACCGCUGGGGAUUUGAGAAAGGCCUCACUGUGCCCCGAAAGCGAACGUACCAGAGCUUGAACGAGCUCGCGACGUACUUUUCUCACCUGGAGAGCGAAGACCAGGACGAAGUAAUCAGUCUCCUGCUCCUCUGCCGCAAGCUGGAAAAGCAACUCGAGGAGCAGCACGUUGUGAUUGACAUGCUUGAACACGACCUGACGACUGCCAACGCGUCGCUGAAAUUCCCGCCCGAGUGGCGCACCCUCGAGGGACUCGACCUCGUUUCGCUCGUGCCCGCAGACACUGCCUUCCAGCCGACUGCCGCCGCGCCUCUCUUCCUCAAGUCCACCGUUUUGCUGCCGCAGACUACUCCCGACGUCUUGGAUCUGCGUGGCGCCCCCGAGGCCUCUUCUUCGCCCGCUGCGGGGGCGAAGAGCCCUGCGACGGAGGCGCCUGCCGGCACUGCCAAGCCCGCGCCUGGGGCAACCUUCACUGUCAAGAAGAAGGCCGUGGGGGCGGCGAAGAAGCCUGUUUUCAAAACGACCAUCAAAGCCAAGUCGUGA